AUGUCGGGUAUAACAGAAGUCAUAGAUAAUUUAUAUAUAUCUGGUUUUGAAUCUCCUGCAGCGAUAUUAAGUAAAGGUAUUCGUUCUAUUUUUAACAUAUCAUCGGAAUGUCCACGACAAGAUCUUGGUCCAGGAGUUGAAUAUGAAAAAGUUCAUGUACAAGACAUACCAUCAGCAUCUAUACGAAUUUAUUUUGAUCGAUUAGCAGAUCGUAUAGAACAGAAUUUACAAGAUGGAAGAAAAACACUUGUUCAUUGUUAUGUUGGCCGAUCAAGAUCAGCAACAAUUAUUUUAGCCUAUCUAAUGAAAUACCAACAAAUGUCAUUACGUGAUGCUUUUUAUUAUUUACGUUCACGUCGACCCAUAGUUGGACCAAAUUUCGGUUUUAUUAGACAAUUAAUGGCAUAUGAAAAAUCUUUAUUUGGUUCUACAUCUGUCUCAUUUAUUGAUUCAUCAUAUGAUUCUAUACCUGACAUUUAUCUAUCAUCAGGAAGAUCAAGUUCUCGUCGGCAAACACCAAGAGUUCCUAUUCAAAUAACUAAUAAAACAUUUUCAACAUUACCAAAACCGAGCUCAUUUAUUCAGCGUUCACCAAGCUAUACUUUACCAACACUAGGCUCAAGAAGUUACUCGAGUUAUACGGAUCUUCGUCCAUUAAGUUCAAACAGUUAUAGAAAUUCAUCAUUUUUACAUGAUCCACCUGAAUUAACUCAUUACAAUUCAACAUACGAUUCAUUACGUGAACCAUUUUAUACGCCAAGAGUGAAUGCCUUACGAACAGGCAGAUAUAUUGCACCAUUCUUCAAUCGUUUUUAUCUCCCGUGA